ACCAAAACAAAGAAAUGCGUUUGUCGAACGACUCUGAUGAUGACAUCUCCUCCAUGUGCAACCUUGAAUUUGAGCUUAACCAGUAUCUAGAAAAAGAAGGGAGCACGGCAUAUAAUGUAUAUCCAGGGGUUGAGAUGAUUGACUAUGACUUCACUGCCGAGAGGCAGAACUUAUAUUCAACAAAUGUUUUAGAAUCGACAGCUCAUCUGGUUAAAAGUUGCCUCGGCGCCGGUAUACUCGGCAUGCACGAGGCGUAUAUGUACGGAGGACUCUGGACGUCUUUGGGUCUUACGGUUGUCGUUGGAUUUCUAGUGUCUUACUCUAUGUUUAUGCUAGUCAAAUCAGCUCAGACUAUGUAUGGAAGACUGAGGGUGCCAAGGCUGUCUUAUCCUGACUUAGCAGAGGUUGCGAUAGCGACGGGUCCUUUGAAAUCCUGUAGGCGCUUUAGCAAGGCGUUCAGAUAUCUAACCGACGUAUUUUUAUUUCUGAACUUCAACGGCACGUGCUGCAUUUUCGAAAUAAUGAUUGCGCAAACACUCAAACAAGUACUUGCAUCAGUAACAGAUUAUAAGUUAUCAAUGAGCAUUCUUAUUUUGAUAAUAACUGCGCCACUGAUUGCUCUGUGCUUGAUAAGAAGUUUGAAAUAUUUAGCGCCGUUUUCAUUAGUUGCCGAUUUAAUUAUUGUUACAUGCGUCCUAACCACAAUGUACUACAGCAUAUCAGUAGCAGCUGACCUGAACAAGCGACCUGUAUGGAAGAGUACGCAUGGUUUACUCCGUUUCCUUGGCAUAUGCAUAUAUAGCAUCAACGGAAUAGGCGUGACUCUACCUAUUGAGAACAAUAUGCGGAGACCGGUGUAUUUCAGGGCUGUUUUGCAAUGGGGUAUGCCAUUUGUAGUAACAUUGGUCAUGAUAAUUGGAUUCUUCGGUUACUGGGCUUGGGGAGAACAGUGCCGCUCCCCGUUCACAGUUCACAUGCCUUCGAAUACGAUUCUCACAAUAAUGCAAGGAUUUCUAACCAUCACUUUAGGAGUGACAUUCGCUGUGCACUUUUGGGUUCCGUUCAGGAUAAUAUGGCAUUACGUCGGAAGGAAUUAUAAGAAGAGGCGUGGAGUAUGGGAACGUUUAUAUAGAACUGUAUACGUGUUCAUGAUAUCGUGUCUGUCAAUAGCAUUUCCGAAUAUGAGCAAUUGGAUGAGUUUUUUGGGAAACUUCUUCACAGCCUUCUUGGUUUUCAUUUUCCCUGCAAUCAUGGAGACAAUGAUCACGUGGAAAGAGCCAAGAAAGUUAAUUUUCCGGUUGUCACUAUUGAAGAAUGUAAGCCUCGUACUGUUCGGUUUAUUCUUAGGCGGAGGUGCGUUUUAUUCUUCAUAAAUAAAUGAAUACGAUUAUAAU